GUUCCCUGACCUUGUCUUCUUCUUCUUCUUCUUCUUAUCCUCUCAACAAGUUCAGAGAUUUCUGAAGUGGGCGCGUAAACAGAACAAGUAUUAGAUGACUAAGUUCCUGCAAGAAACUUCUGGUUUUCUGGUCACUCGUUCUUAAUAACUCAGCCUAAAUGCUUGUCGGAUUGAUCUAACGGACAUAACCAAUCCGAGAUUUCAAUGGCGGAUCACCAAACCGGAAGAUCACUAAGCGAGCAUCUCUUGCUGCCUCCUCCUCCUCUGCUAUCUUCAGCUGUCAUUGCAGCCAUUAACGGGAAGAAAAGAAGCAAAUAUGUCGUCUUCUGGGCGUUGGAGAAGUUCAUCCCCGAGGGUUUCACCGACUUCAAGCUUGUCUAUGUUCGUCCUCCCAUCACCUCUGUUCCUACCCCGAUGGGAAAUACGAUACCGAUCUCAGAGGUUCGGGACGAUGUAGCAUCGGCUUACAGGCAAGAAGUGGAGUGGAACACAAGCGAAGUGCUCCGUCCCUACCUGAAAAUGUGUGAGCGCAGAAAGGUCCAAGUUGAGGUUCUGGUGCUGGAAUCAGAUGACAUCGCAGCAGCAAUAGCAGAGGAAAUCGCGAGGAGCAGCAUCAACAAGCUCGUGAUCGGACUUUCUAUCCGUGGAUUCUUCUCGAGAAAGAUCGAUAUGUCUUCCAUGAUUGCCGCUGCCGCCCCGAGCUUCUGCACAGUCUAUGUGAUUUCAAAGAUGAAACUGGCAUCCGUCCGUCCAUCGGAGGGCGAGACGACAAACAUAACCAUCCGCUACGAAGGGACCGAGAGAAGCAGUUCGACCAGUGACUCGACGGGCGAUAAUCCGGGGCUCCAAUCAGAGUUCCAAGAUUUGCUUUCGUUUGCUUCCGAAGCUCAAUCUCGAGUUCAUCCUCCAUUGCCGUCCCCGAAGCAGCAGACUCUUCCGGGACUUGUCCGAAUGGAUACGAGCUCUACCGAGACAGAUCAGGAGGGCUUAAAUGCGUCAGAGACAUAUCAUCUGCCUAGCUGGGGAUCCAGAUGGAGAGAUCUCGAAGAAAGACGAGAGAUAAUGAGCUCAUCAUCGAGCAAUAACCGUGAGAUCGUGAGCAUGGAUUGGGGAACCACGAUUCCAGACAACAGUUCCUGGACUUCGCAUCAAGCUUCGAACAUGUCUGAAGAACUCCUCAGCAUGCAUUCCGUUGCGGAUAACCAGGUGAGUCUGAGUUUCGAGAUAGAGAAGCUGAGAGCCGAGCUGAAACAUGUCCAGGAGAUGUAUGCCAUGGCUCAGACCGAGACAGUUGGUGCUUCAAGAAAGCUGGACGAGCUGAACCAACGGCGGUUUGAAGAAUGGGAGAGGCUGGAGGGGUUGAAGGCGAAGGAAGAGGAAGCAAAAGAAGCGGCAGCAAAGGAGAAGAAGAGGUACGAAGAGGCGACAAAGGAGGCGGAGAGAGUGAGGGAACUAAUGGCGAAAGAAGCUAUGCAGAGGAGAGAGGCCGAGAUCAAAGCGGAACGAGACGCCAAGGAGAAGGAGAAACUCGAGCUCGCUCUCGUCAAGGACUCGCUCCAGUAUCAACAUUACACAUGGGAGGAAAUCUUGGCUUCGACCUCGAAUUUCUCAGAGGAUCUCAAGAUCGGGAUAGGAGCUUACGGAACGGUCUACAAAUGCAAUCUACAUCACACGAUCGCUGCUGUCAAAGUCCUUCACGCCGGAGAAACUCAGCUCUCCAAGCAGUUUGAUCAAGAGCUUCAAAUCUUGAGCAAGAUCCGACACCCUCAUCUCGUCCUCCUCCUCGGAGCUUGUCCGGAACGAGGCUGCCUCGUUUACGAGUACAUGGACAACGGAAGCUUAGAAGACUGCCUGAUGCUCGUUAACGACCGGCCUCCGAUCCCAUGGUUCGACCGUUUCAGGAUCGCGUGGGAGGUGGCAUCUGCUCUCGUCUUCCUCCACAAGUCCAAGCCGAAACCGAUCAUCCACCGUGACUUAAAGCCGGGCAACAUCUUGCUCGACAACAACUUCGUUAGCAAGCUCGGCGACGUGGGUCUCUCGACAGUGGUGAACCAAGACGACCCUUCUUCCAAACUCACCAUCUACAAGAAGACGAGCCCUGUCGGAACACUGUGUUACAUCGACCCCGAGUACCAGCGGACCGGGAUGAUCUCCACGAAAUCGGACGUAUACUCUCUCGGCAUCGUGAUCCUGCAGCUGAUAACCGCGAAACCCGCUAUCGCGAUUACUCAGAUGAUGGAAGAUGCGAUCUCGGAGGACGAUGCUGUGUUCAUGGAGGUCCUGGACGGGAAAGCAGGGGCAUGGCCGAUUAACGAGACUCGUGAGUUUGCUGCUUUAGGGUUGUGUUGUACGGAACUGAGAGGGAGAGACAGACCGGACCUGGAGGAUCAGAUACUUCCUGUCUUGGAGCGGCUGAGGAAAGUGACAGAGAAAGCUUCCCAGAAUUCGCUGUCUCAGGCUCGGACCAGUCCUCCUUCUCACUUCGUUUGUCCGCUUCUCAAGGACGUGAUGAACGAGCCAUGCGUCGCAGCGGACGGGUACACUUACGAUCGGGAAUGCAUCGAGGAAUGGUUCAGAGACCACAACACGUCCCCAGUGACGAACCUUCCAUUGCUUAACAAGAACCUUCUGCCAAACUACACUCUUUAUACAGCGAUCAUGGAAUGGAAAUCCAAGAAAAAGUAGGAAUCGAUCCGAUUUCAUGCCUAGGAAUAGGAUUAGAUCACUUGCUCUGGUUCUUUAUUCGUCAUGGAAACAAAAAACAAAGACAAACGAUCAUGAAACACAGCUGCUAUCAGUUGUCAUGGAAACAGUUGCAUCAUUAGGUUUCUUCAGUUGUCGAGAAACUUCUUCUUUUUUUCGGGCACCCUAUUAGCCCAAUGUAUAUGGACCAGUCCGCCUUCGGAUCUACAUGCUGUUUCGGGUUGGAUGAUGA